CAACUCUCAACGCAUAUGCAUGACAUGGAACUUUGACACUACACAGUUUACGGAUUUCAGUCGAACCAUUUGAUUAAAAAAAAUCCAUAUUUUUACGAUGGCUUUGAUUCUCCGGAGAUUUCUACCAUCGUUCACUUUGAGUAAUAUGCGGUUUCAUUCAAAUGAUAGCAUCAAUUCAAAGACACCUCCACCACCACCAUCGGAAUCAGAUCAAAAACGACCGAUCAGCCCUCGUAUGGAAGAAUUUCAGAAGAAAUUACGUGAAAAAACGCCUAUUGGCAAGCUAGAUCAAGGUGAAGGAAAGCAUCCAUAUCAAGAGAAAGAGCCGUUGGAAGCAUGGCCAAAUGAUGUUAAUCCAUACACAGGGGAAAUAGGUGGUCCAAGAGGGCCAGAGCCAACACGCUAUGGUGACUGGGAACGAAAAGGACGUUGUACUGAUUUUUAGAUAAAUAAAAAGCAUUGUUCUACCUUUAAAGUCCAUAGAAUUAUAUUUAAUGUUAGAAAAAUUGCAAA